AUGGCCCCGAGCGUGUUCCUGAUCCAUACCCGCCUCCAUCCAUAUGCGGCCUUCCCAAACCCUCUCCUUCCACGGUAUGAGACUGGUCUGGACACGAAGGGCGGGAGACCUGAGAUCUCAGUGGUACAUCGGGCCAGUUCCCUCAACACAACCGUUCACCAUGGGAAUUAG